GUUUUUCCCGCCCACCCCAAUGUGCUGCCACCGAGGGGUGCGGCGGCCAGAGCGGCCCCGCGGGUCCUCCAGCCUCCACUUCCGCCUUCAUUUCCGGCUCUGGCGGCCGUUUCCAUGGGGACCAAGAUGGCGGCGGCGGGUUUGGGAUGUCGGGAGAGGCCUUGCUGAGCCCCACCAGCGCCAUGAUCCAUUGGGAAUGCUGGGGCUGAGGGCUCCAAGCCCCAGGAAGGAGGAUGCUCCAGCCCAGCAACUACAGCCUGGUGCUGUUCCUGCAGUUCCUGCUGCUUUCCUACGACCUCUUUGUGAAUUCCUUCUCGGAGCUGCUGCGCACGGCUCCGGCCGUGCAGCUUGUACUCUUCAUCAUCCAGGAUAUCGCCAUCGUCUUCAACAUCAUCAUCGUCUUCCUCAUGUUCUUCAACACCUACGUGUUCCAGGCGGGAUUGGUCAACCUCCUCUUCCAUAAGUUCAAGGGAACCAUCCUGCUCUCCGCAGCCUACCUGGCACUCAGCAUCUCCUUCCACGUCUGGAUUAUGAACCUGCGCUGGCGUGACUCCAGCCGCUUCAUCUGGACUGAAGGCCUUCAGACCCUGUUCGUUUUCCAGAGGCUGGACCGCCAUCGCUCCUCGGCUCCGCUGCAGGUCCUGCUCUUCCUCAACGGCUGGUACUGCGCCACAUAUUUUCUCCUGGAAGCGUUCGUGUUCGUGUACAAAGUGCUGCUCCUGCCCUAUCCCGUCUUCAACUUGGUGCUGGACGUGGUGCUGCUCCUCCUCUACCUCGGCAUUGAGGUCACGCGCAUCUUCUUUGCGCGGAUCCCUACUGAGGACACGGCCCAGGGACACAGGGGAACAUCACCCGUGCCAGCUCCAUUUCCCAGCCCCAGGAAGGGGGAGGAUCCCUCGUUUCCCACUGCCCAUUUCACCUUGCGCCACCUGGACACAUCCAUCCCACCUUUGUCGCUUCUAUGUGGACAUACCCCUCUCAUUUUUCUUGCUUCCCCCUUCACCAGGGAGCUGCUGCCAUAGAUUCAUCUCUCCCUUUUCCCACUUCCCACUUCACUCACUGCCCCCUGGACAUAUCCCUCCCACCUUUCCCAUUCUCCAAUCCCCUUGGACUCCUCAGAGCUUGAGCCAGCUCAAGGUAUGAAGAAUCCUUUUUUUUUCUAUGACCUUCCAGAAUAAUUCACUAUUUUCCAAUAAAUAUUUAUUUUUA